AUGAAGCGUUUUGUGUAUGCCAAUGACGACGAUUUGUCGCAUGAGCUUUACUGUGAUAACCGUAUAUCAAACAGAAAGUACACAUUGUUAAAUUUCAUCCCGAAAAAUUUAUGGGAACAGUUCAGCCGCUUUAUGAACCAAUACUUUUUGUUGAUCGCUUGUCUUCAACUAUGGCCGCUUAUAACACCAGUAAACCCCGCUAGUACGUGGGGUCCACUCAUAUUUAUAUUCGCAGUCUCAGCAACGAAAGAGGCAUGGGAUGACUACAAUAGAUAUCUCUCUGACAAGAAAGCAAAUGAGAAACAAGUAUGGGUUGUGAGGCAGGGUUCCAAGAAACUGAUUCAAGCGCAAGAGAUUCACGUUGGCAACCUGGUGUGGCUACGUGAAAAUGAUGAAGUUCCAUGUGAUCUCGUUUUACUUGGUACCUCCGAGCCACAAGGAGUUUGCUAUGUGGAGACGGCUGCCCUAGAUGGUGAAACUGACCUUAAGACAAGGAAUAUACCUCCUGCUUGCAUGGGUAUUGACUCUGACUUGUUGCACAAAAUCAAGGGUGUGAUUGAGUGCCCACACCCAGAUAAGGACAUUAGAAGAUUUGAUGCAAAUCUGAGGCUGUUUCCUCCAUUUUUAGAUAAUGAUGUGUGCCCUUUAAGCAUAAAAAAUACAAUCCUACAAUCAUGCUACUUACGGAAUACAGACUGGGCUUGUGGUGUUGCUGUAUAUACAGGCAAUGAGACCAAGAUGGGCAUGAGUAGAGGUGUGGCAGAACCGAAGCUUACUGCUAUGGACGCGAUGAUUGACAAGUUGACUGGGGCUAUAUUCAUAUUUCAGAUUGUGGUGGUAAUUGUUUUGGGCAUAGCUGGAAAUAUAUGGAAGGAUACAGAAGCAAGAAAGCAUUGGUAUGUUCUAUAUCCAGAUGAGGGUCCAUGGUAUGAACUACUGAUAAUCCCUCUGCGGUUUGAGCUUCUUUGUUCCAUCAUGAUACCAAUAUCUAUAAAGGUGUCAUUAGAUCUUGUUAAAAGCUUGUAUGCAAAGUUCAUUGAUUGGGAUAAACAGAUGAUUGACCUGGAGACUGGCACUUCAGCCAAUGCAACAAACACAGCAAUAAGUGAAGAUCUGGGUCAAGUUGAGUACAUACUGACAGAUAAAACAGGGACACUUACAGAAAAUAAGAUGAUUUUUAAGAGAUGUUGCAUUGCGGGGACAUUCUUUGGUAAUGAGAAUGGAGAUGCUGUGAAAGAUGUGGAGCUUCUCAAUGCCAUCAAUACUGCUUCACCAGAUGCUAUUAGAUUUCUGACGGUUAUGGCAAUAUGUAACACUGUCAUUCCUAUCAAAAGCCCAAGCGGAACGGUCUCAUAUAAGGCACAGUCGCAGGAUGAGGAAGCUCUAGUGCGUGCAGCUGCUUCCUUGCAUAUGGUUUUUGUUAACAAGAAUUCUAACAUACUUGAAAUAAACUUUAAUGGGUCGUUAAAGCAGUAUGAGGUGCUGGAGUACCUGGAGUUUACCUCUGAUAGGAAAAGAAUGUCGGUGGUUGUUAGAGAUUGUGAUAAGGGGAAUAUUAUGCUUUUGUCGAAAGGAGCAGAUGAAACUAUUCUUCCAUGUGCAUAUGCGGGACAUCAAACCAAGACAUUUUCUGAAGCUGUAGAUCAAUAUGCCCAAAUGGGGCUACGGACUUUGUGCUUGGCUUGGCGUGAAUUAAAUGAGUUGGAAUAUCAAGAUUGGUCUGUGAUGUUUAAAGAGGCUAAUAGCACAUUAGUUGACAGAGAGUGGAGAGUAGCUGAGGUUUGCCAAAGAUUGGAACAUGACCUUGAAAUACUUGGGGUUGCUGCGAUAGAGGACCGUUUACAGGAUGGUGUGCCAGAGACGAUUGAAACCCUCAGAAAAGCUGGGAUAAAUUUCUGGAUGCUUACUGGUGACAAACAGAAUACCGCUAUACAGAUUGCUCUUUCCUGCAAUUUUGUUUCCCCAGAACCCAAAGGGCAGCUUCUGUUAGUUAAUGGAAAAACAGAAGAUGAAGUUUGCAGAAAUCUGGAAAGAGUUUUGCUUACAAUGAGGAUAACAAAAGCAGAACCUAAGGAUGUGGCUUUUGUGAUAGAUGGAUGGGCUCUUGAAAUUGCACUCAAGUAUUACCGGAAAGCAUUCACAGAGUUGGCAAUAUUGUCACGGACAGCUAUAUGUUGUAGGGUUACACCAUCCCAGAAAGCACAGCUUGUAGAGCUUCUUAAAUCUUGUGACUACAGAACCCUGGCCAUUGGGGAUGGUGGGAAUGAUGUGAGGAUGAUCCAACAAGCUGAUAUUGGUGUUGGCAUAAGUGGGAGAGAAGGACUACAGGCAGCAAGAGCAGCUGAUUACAGUAUUGGGAAGUUCAGGUUCCUUAAAAGAUUGAUACUUGUCCAUGGGAGAUAUUCAUAUAACCGCACCGCAUUUCUUUCACAAUAUUCAUUCUAUAAAUCCUUACUCAUAUGCUUCAUCCAGAUUUUUUUCUCAUUCGUUUCAGGUGUAUCUGGCACCAGCCUUUUCAACUCUGUGAGCCUCAUGGCUUAUAAUGUUUUCUACACCAGUGUUCCUGUUCUAGUCAGUGUUCUUGACAAAGAUCUCACUGAAAAAACUGUUAUGCAGCACCCGCAAAUAUUAUUUUACUGCCAAGCAGGGAGGCUUCUCAAUCCUACUACAUUUGCUGGAUGGUUUGGGCGUGCUCUUUUUCAUGUCAGUGCUAUUUCUUAAUUACCAUUUCAUAU